UCGCCACUAUUAAUCCAUUAUUCUCUUUUUGUACUAAUGUUUUUUGUUUCCUUUCUUCGUCCACUAAUAAAUCAUUUCGCUUCCUUUAAUUAUUCCGAAUAAUACGCAGAGAAAAUAAUCGCUUCAUGUAAUAAUCUAACUCAACCUCAAUAAUGUCGGCAUCUUCCUCCGUCUCAUGAACAUAUGAUGUCUAAGGGAAGACUUCGUUGAAUGAUUUGUUUCAGUGCUAUGAAUCACAGAUCAAACGAUGGAGAAAGUGAGUGUAAAUGGAGUACAAGUAUCGCCUGAUGAUGGUAUUGGAUCACCUCAACGAUCCAGCAGCGUUGAUAGCUUAAAGGUUGAAUCACCGGGUGGUUCUACGAGAAAAGGUUUCGGGUUGAAGAAAUGGAGAAGGAUCAAGAGAGAUACUCCUGUGAAAGACGAGUCCGCUGCACCUGUUGAUGACGGUAGUAAGUUGCUGAAGCGUAAUUUGACUGGCUUGGUGAACCCUCCUUCUAAACAUGUAGACUUGUCUUCGGUUGAAGCAAGACAGGGUAGUGAAGGCUCUGUUGGAUCUGUGAACAUGAUGGCGCAUCAUCAUCACCAUCUUCUUCCAAGUGUAGUCAACGGGUUUAGUCCCGGUCCAGGUUUGUUUAAUGUAGGCCAAGGUUUUGAGAAGAGUGAAGAGCAUAGCGGAGGAGGGAAGAUUGAUUCAGGUAGCCAAGGGAGAGAUACCAUCAAGAAGGGGAGUGAAGAGCGCAUAGAUUCGGACUUGAGAAGUAGCGAUUUUGUGUUUUCUAGUGGCGCAGUUUCUGCUGCCAACCGUAUAGCAGAUGGUCAAGAAGCUAGGGAACUAGUUGAAACAUAUAGCAGAAGCGAGAACGGAGGAGAAGGUGGAGAUGAGAGCCAUAAGAAGAAGAACAACCAUUAUCAGGCAGACAAGGAUCAUGUUGCAGAUUCUAUCAGAUGUCUUGCAGCUUUGCAGGAAGCUCUUUGGAAAGAGGUUACAAGUUUCCAGGAGCUGAGUAAGGAAUCUAUACCACCACUACAUUCGAGCACUGAUGAAGUCGAUUCAGGAUCACAGGUACUUAUAUUGAAGCAGAAGGUGAAACAUCUCCAACACAAAUUCGAGGAAGCGAGAGCUGAUCUCGACACAAAGGAAGCCAGGAUCCAAGAACUCGAAAACGCGAAGAUUGAAGCUGAACUUGAAGGUGUUUUCCAGCGAAAGAUCGAAGCUGAAAUCCAGCAUUUGAUGCUCAGAAGUUCUCUGAACUCAACGCUACUCAAAGAACAUCCGAAGAAGGUACAUUCUGUAGCUGAAGAUCCUGAACCAAACCGUGGAAACAUGUUGGGAAAAACAUGCAAGUCCAGUUUCUAUUUCUUGAUACAGUUGAUCUUGCUAGUCUCCAUAGUUCGGUUACUGCUCCUCCAGUCCUCUCCUGCUUCACAAUUAGUUAUACCAACCUGACAACAGUUCAUGUUGGUGUUUACCAAACAUUUUUUGUUUUCUUCAGAUUUUCAUUUAUAAAUGAACAAGGUAUGAUGAUUUAUAAUAAAUUUGUUAAGCUUGUAA